GCCAACUACCAGGAAGUAAACAAACAACUGUCCAUCCCUAAAUUUAGCUUAAGACGGAGAGUACCUGAACUGCUACGCAUUGAAUCCAGACAUAACUUUAACAACGAUCGAACCGGAAACAUCGAUGAAGGCUACAGGGGCAAACGUGAUUCUCCUAUGGUUGGUUCUGCAUUGUGUUCAUACAACUCCUCAAUCGUCAUGUGUCCAGGAAAACAGUUGUGAGAGCUUUACAAAGAGGCAUUACUGCAAACUAAAGGAUGGUGCAACAGCCGGUGGUUAUGACAAACCUGUGUGUUCAGUUAUAGAAGUACAACCAGGAAACCCAAAGUUUAAGACGAUUUAUCUUCAUUGCUGUGACAAGGAAAACAACAUAACAAGUCGGAAAUGGUUCUUCACACCAGACCUUAAAAUGUGGAAACCACUCAAUUUUACCAACGAUAAGUCUUGGAAACCACUCGAUGUUACCAAUGAGACGAUAUCCAUCGUUAAUAUUCGCGACUAUCGAAUGGGCUUUUACAGAUGCAUCACUGAGCACAGUAACAAAAUCACCGAUGAGCGAACCAUACAAGUAAAUGGAACCAAAUGCACACUGGGUUAUGAUGAGCCGGAAGUCAAGUUUCCUAAUGAUGUCUUUGUUAAAAUUGGACAACCCUUCACGAAGUCCUUUUAUGUCGAUUUUGGAUGUGAAGCCACAGCAAGAAAUAUCAGCAUUCAAUUCUAUAAAGAUGGCAUCCCCAAAAAGACUUCAAAUGCACAGGGCUGUACAAGUGACAGAAAAAUUUGCCUUCCUGAAGUCACCCAGGACGACAUUGGUAUGAAGGUAUCAAUCACAGUGACAGCGUGCUACGGAGGAAAGCUACAGGAAGUAAUGGGAAGCUUUUCUAUCUUAAACGAAGUGCAGACUCGACAAGUGGCUAGCCUUGACUACAUUGAAAUGUUUGCAGUACCGUGUGGUUCUGUUUUUCUUGUUAUACUUAUCUGUAUAUUUUACUGUCAAAAGUGUCAUAUCUGGAUAUUGUCUAGGAUGUCCUUUCCGGGACGGUUGAUCGACAAAGGAAAAGUCAAGAAAGUGUGCAUAUUGCACUGUGACGACGAUACAACAUGUGCCAAUAACGUACGGGAGUGGAUAGCAAGAGAAUACACGUUGCUUAGUGUUGUCUGUUCUUGCGAUUCAAAGGGUACAGGGGUUUUAACUGGGGAAUUCGAUGCCAUACAAGAGAGUGAUUAUGUGAUUUUUAUUCCGAGCUCUUCAACAGCAGACAAAGUUAAUGAAAAUGUGUUCAACAGCAUAGUUCAGCACAAAGAUUAUUCCAGGAUAACAAUUUUGGAUUUUUGUGCGUCUCAAACACGCACGUGUUCAUUAUCGAAAAAUAAAAUUUUCAAAUGUUUAAAACAUAUUAAUCUUAAAAGCUGUUUAUAUGAAGACAUUAAUCGUUCUGGAUUAAGGAACAGAUUGCCAAUAUGUGCACCAAGACGCAACAGUUGUGAUAUGGGACAUAUUUGUUGUCAAUGUAGUACUUCCCGAGACCUUUAUGGCUACCAAACUAGGUAUCAAAAACUUGAUAAUUACAUAUAUAGGUUUCUGGGCGUAGGAGGAUUAUCAAACGGUAGGAGCGGUGACUGUAAUAAAUGUUUAGAGAAAACAAGUCAAGAAGAAUGUGGUUCUGAUAAUCCUAUAAUAAAUACACAACAGUCUCAACGGGCACUUCAGAAUAGUUUAAAACUGUUUGUACCUACAGGAAGUUGUAGUGAAAAGGAAGUGACAUCAUUGUGUAAUGCUGAGUCCCCUGACACGGCAACCACAUUUCUGAGUCCAGAUAUCGAGUGUAAUACAAUUCCGUUUGAUAAUAUUGACGUUAAUAAAUUGUAGAUUGUAUGGACUACAUACUAUAGAUCACCAUCAAUAGUAUAUGUAUAAUUGUCAUUAAUCAAUAUUUUAUAACAAUCACCACCAUUAAUAAUUUAUUAUUAAAUGAUAAUAACUAUUGAUAGUAGAUAUUAUUGACCAUCAUUCCAUGUGUAAUAAUUUAUAAUAUGUAAUAUUGACUACUAAUAGAAGAUAAUAUCGUCUAUCAUUAAUAAUGUGUUAGUAGAUACUAUUCAUCAUCACUUCAUUAGUAGAAGGUAAUACUGUGCAUCAUUAGUAAAAGAUAAGAGUGACUUUUAUUAGAAGAUGGCUUUCACCAUUAAUAUCUUUUAAUUUUCAUUAAUAGAAAAUGUUAUUGACAAUUUUCAAUAAAUAAUGAAGAUGAGAGUAUGGUUAUCAUUGGAACAGUAAUAAGCAGAAUACAAAUUAUUGGUAUUAUCUUACCGAGGAUCAUCUUUAUUUAUACAUUUUUCAUGGUCGGUUCAGAUAAUUUCUAUAGCAGAAGGAUGCGAACAGCUGAACUCAACAGUUCAUAUUAUCCUACUAAUACCUGUAUAAUCGUCAUUUUGUCUGCUCAAAAAUGAACGUAAUACACGUACAUACGUGAUUUCACCUUUAUUUGGUAAUGGGUAAAGUGAGCCAAAAAUAUAAUACAUUGUAUCAUACAGCUGUUUAGUCGUUCUAAGACUAAUCAGUGAUUAUUGGGGAGGGGGUAGGGGGGGGGGAGGAUUCAAAACGUCUAGACUACUGGGGAAGGUGCUUCCUCAAAUCGUAGUUUAAGUGAUAAAUGAAUUGUAAUAAUUAAGGAUUCCGUUUUCCGUUUUAAUGCCCCGCCAUCUUAUUGGAGGCAUACAGUGCUAAUAAUGUGUUAGUCAAAUAAUAUUGAUCAUCAACUCAUUAAUAGAAGGUAAUACUAUUUAUCAUUAGUAAAAGAUAAUAGUGACCAUUAAUAGUAGAUGGCAUUCAACAUCAUUAAUAGAAAAUAAUAUUGACAAUUAUCAAUAGGUAAUGAAGAUGAGAUUUUGGUUAUCAUUUGAACAGUUUUGAGCAGAAUACAAAUGAUUGGUAUUGUCUUAAAAAGGGUCAUCUUCAUUUAUGAGUUUAUCAUGGUCAGAGAUGUUCUUCUGUAUACAUGCCUAUGUAUCCUCUCCAAAGAAGUUUCUCCAUAACUGUCCGUUUAUAUAAGCUAGAUAAUUUCUAUAGCAGAAGGAUCUGAACAGCUGAACUCAUCAGUUUUUAUUAUCCUACUAAUACUUUUAUAAUCGUCAUUUUGUCUGCUCAAAAAUGAACGUAUUACACGCACAAACAAAUGUACGUGAUUUCACCUUUAUUUGGCAAUGGAUAAAGUAAGCCAAAAAUAUAAUACAUUGUAUCAUACAGCUGUUUAGUCGUUCUAAGACUAAUCAGUGAUUAUUGGGGAGGGGGUAGGGGGGGGGGAGGAUUCAAAACGUCUAGACUACUGGGGAAGGUGCUUCCUCAAAUCGUAGUUUAAGUGAUAAAUGAAUUGUAAUAAUUAAGGAUUCCGUUUUCCGUUUUAAUGCCCCGCCAUCUUAUUGGAGGCAUACAGUGCUAAUAAUGUGUUAGUCAAAUAAUAUUGAUCAUCAACUCAUUAAUAGAAGGUAAUACUAUUUAUCAUUAGUAAAAGAUAAUAGUGACCAUUAAUAGUAGAUGGCAUUCACCAUCAUUAAUAGAAAAUAAUAUUGACAAUUAUCAAUAGGUAAUGAAGAUGAGAUUUUGGUUAUCAUUUGAACAGUUUUGAGCAGAAUACAAAUGAUUGGUAUUGUCUUAAAAAGGGUCAUCUUCAUUUAUGAGUUUAUCAUGGUCAGAGAUGUUCUUCUGUAUACAUGCCUAUGUAUCCUCUCCAAAGAAGUUUCUCCAUAACUGUCCGUUUAUAUAAGCUAGAUAAUUUCUAUAGCAGAAGGAUCUGAACAGCUGAACUCAUCAGUUUUUAUUAUCCUACUAAUACUUUUAUAAUCGUCAUUUUGUCUGCUCAAAAAUGAACGUAUUACACGCACAAACAAAUGUACGUGAUUUCACCUUUAUUUGGCAAUGGAUAAAGUAAGCCAAAAAUAUAAUGAAUUGCAUCAUACAGCUGUUUAGUCGUUCUAUGACUAAUCGGUGAUGCUUGGUGGGGUUGGGGUGGGGUGGAAAUUCAAAACGUCUAGACUACUGGGGAAGGUGCUUCCUCAAAUCCUAGUUUAAAUGAUACAUUAAGGAUUCCGUUGUAAUGCUCCGCCACCUUAUUGUGGGCAUACAGUGCUGUUCCUACAUUUAUACUACGUGUUCAAUUAAGUCCUGUCAAUUCCCAUCCCGAUUCACUGCCAUUGCUCUGACGCCUUCAUUUUAAAUCAGAUUUACUGCUAAUAGUAGUAAUCUAUUUCAAUCCAUCCCUCAGUGACUUCAUUCUACCAACUUAACUUCAGUGCAGCAUUAAAAUCCCUUUUGACAUCAGUAAAGUGGACAUUCCAUUGUUCUGUUGUGGACAUUCCAUUGUUCUGUUGUUGACAUUUCAUUGUUCUGUUUUUAAUUUUAUAUUUUGCCUAUGAUGAGUUUUAAAUAUGUGCCAUAUUGUAAAUUUUAGUUCAUACAGAAUAUCUCAUUCAGAUCUUGUGAUACAAUGUUCAGUCAUAUGCCGACAUGCAUUUAUUUGUAUUUUUGUAAAUAUAUAAUUCAUUCUUGCUUUUUACAUUGUUUAAAGUUAUGUGGGAUAACUUCAAAACCAGUGAAACAAAUGAUAACCUCAUUAUAAUAUCAUGAUUAACGCGCACAAUGUUUACUGUCAAAUAUGAAUAAAUAACAACUAGCUUUGUACAUUUGAAGUCGUUGUUUGCCUUUCAAAUAAAAUUAUU